GAAACAUUAUGCUGUGUAUCGGCCCCUCAAAGCCGUGCCGACGACAACGACGACGACAACAACAGCAACAGCAGCAGCAUCAAUGGCGUUGCCCCAGUUUGUGAGCCGCCAAAGGCAUAAGGAGAUGACCCUUGUCACCCCGAUUCUUUCCUCGUCCGGGCAGUGUGUAAUUAAAUCCCGCGCAGUAGUGGUCGCACAGCAUGCCAGCCCCGCAGAAUGCUUCACCGACUGCCCCCCAAAGAUCGAGGCGUUCCCCCGGGGUACCCGUCUCUGGCGGCCUUCCUCGGCAGCGACAGGGACUUUGCCAUGUUCCGUAGCUUCAGGCGGCUGCACGCACGCGUGCUGCUACACAAGCAGGAUGAGCUCGCCCAGCUGGAGCAGCGCUUGGACGGCCUCGACGAUACCGAGAGCAAAACGAGCCCGUACUCCCUGACGACCAACAGAUGCCAGGACGCGAAGGCGGCCGAGCGAGCGGCGCUGCUUGGCGAGGUAGAGGAAAAACUUGGCGAGUAUAACAGCCUCCUCGCGUCGUUCCUCAAAAACCUCGAACGCCCCGAACCGGAAGGCGACCAAGUCAAGAGCGUGGCGAACUGGAUGGAUGGGAAGAAACCCCUGGUCCGCGCAGAGUCGGGCUUCCUCGGCGACUGGAGCGACCUCAGACGGGCGCGGCCGCCUCUGGAGAAGGGAGGCCUUGAAGUGUUCCUCGCGAGGUGCGCGGCGUCGUCCAGACUGCGUAGCAUCUUCAAGAAUGCUCGCUAG